UCUAGUACGGGGGGACGCGCUCGCAAUAAAUGACCUGCAGUCUAUACUUCUUAUGUCUAUGUGAACAAGCCAGAAUGUUUCUAACCUAAAAAUAAUAGUUUUCUUUUGAAAGGUUUAUUUGAAAUAAUCGAGUAUCCAUAAAACGAUUAAAAAUGAGUAAUAUUACGGAAGCUAACGUUGAUCAAUAUAAAACAGAACACGAGUGUGAUGAGCACUGGGAGUUACGAAGAAAAUUUCUUUUGGCGCACAGCGACAAGUUCUCGGUGGAUGAACUUAUGUGCCAUGCACAAGUUUUCACAAAUGUUGAGUUCUUAGGAUGCAAAUAUCCGCAAGAGACAAUGCGAACAAUUGCUGAAUUGUCUAAAGAGGUUGUAGGAGAUUAUAGAGAUAAACAAAAAAAUAGGUUGCAGAGAACUUUUGUUGGAGCCUCUGAUGCAGCCAGUUCCAAGGUUAAAGGACAAUCGAGACAAGAAAAGUCUAAUAAUCCAGCAAAUCCUGGAGAAUCUUCACAAAACACACAGCCACCGCACUAUACAAAUUUUAAGAGAAAGCAAGAUUUAUCAUCUGAAGAAAGGUACCAAGAUGCAAAGAGACCAAAAUCAAACACUGAUCAACAAUCCAAAACUGCGGACAUAGUCUUAUUUGAACAUAUUAACGAUACACCACAGGGUAUAAUUGCUAGAGCUGCCAGUAGUUAUGAUUUAAAUAUGGAAUGGAAGUAUGAUAAAGUGGGCGAUAAAUAUUCAUGUACAAUAUUUCUAUACAAUAAAAAGGUUGGGGAAGCUAUAGCAGACACCCAAAAAGAAGCUAAAAAGGAAGCAUCAGCAGUAGUACUUGCUGAAAUGCAAAAACAUUACUACACAAUUAAAGUCACAAAGAACUUGACUCCUAAUGUUUCUGACAACAAUCUAGGCUUGCAAGGAGAUUUCAAGUCUGAAGCUCUGGACAAUGAUAACAUUGGCUCUAAAAUGAUGAAGUUAAUGGGUUGGUCAGGUGGUGGACUUGGAAAGUCAUCUCAGGGAAUCACAGAACCUGUCAAAGUCCAAGAGCAGAUGACCAGAGAAGGACUUGGCCUUAAACCUGGCAUUUACAAUAUGGCAGUGUUCAAGAAAAAGUGUAUGGAAGUAUUACAGAACUACGCUAAAGGAGAUACAUCCGUUGAUAUGGUAUUUUCUCCAAGUUUCAGUAACGAUGAAAGAGGAUUAAUUCAUCAACUUGCCAGAACAAUCGGACUUAAAUCUCAGAGCUAUGGCCCAAAGAAUCAAAGAACGUUGACAAUCUCAAAGAAAGUAAAUCCUCAAGAAUUGGUUAAUGAAUUAAAGGAACUUGGUGGUUCAACUGAAAAAUAUCAACUUAUUGAACCUACUGGGUACUAAUCUUCGCUCAGAAAUAAUAAAAAAAUCAUUGUAUAUCGAUCAUUAUACAUAUUAUUACAGUAUAUCGUGUAUUAUAUUGCAUCGCAAACAAUUGUAUAGAUUACAUUUCUAAAAUAUAGACUAUGAGACGUCAAAAAAAA